GUGCAGAGACAGAGUGGGUCUGCAGGAGGAGGUGACCGGCUCCCUGCUGGGAGGAGGAGGAGAUGUAGCCUUGAGUCAAGAGGAGGAAGAGGGGCAGGAGGAAACCUGUCCUCCCCUCCUGUCUGUCCCUCCGGUCUCCCAGCGACUUCAGAGCACCCUGCACUGCAUCAGCCUGAGUGUGGAGCAGGGGAAGCUGCUCGGUGUCUGUGGAAGCGUCGGCAGUGGGAAAACCUCCCUGAUCUCCGCCAUCUUAGGACAGAUGACUCUGUUGGAGGGCAGCGUCGCCGUCAGAGGAAGGUUGGCCUACGUGGCUCAGCAGGCCUGGAUCCUGAACGCAACCCUGAGAGACAACAUCUUGUUUGGGCAGGAGUACCAGGAGGACAGGUAUCAGUCCGUGCUGAGUGCCUGCUGUCUCAGACCAGACCUCGCCCUGCUGCCCAACGCUGACCUUACAGAGAUCGGCGAGCGUGGUGCCAACCUGAGUGGCGGGCAGCGCCAGCGAAUCAGCUUGGCCCGCGCCCUCUACAGCGACCGCGACGUUUACAUCCUGGACGACCCGCUCAGCGCCCUCGAUGCCCACGUGGCCAACCACGUCUUCCGCAACGCCAUCAGGAAGCAGCUUUCCCACAAGACUGUCAUCUUCGUCACCCACCAGCUGCAGUACCUGGUGGACUGUGAUGAUGUCAUUCUGAUGAGGGAGGGCAGUAUAGUGGAGCAGGGUAACCAUGACAACCUGAUGAAACUGAACAGAGACUACGCCGCCAUGUUCAACCACUUCCAGCUGGGAGACACUCCUUACAUAGAGGCUCCCAGUAAAAACAACGGUGGUUCUCAGAGGAAACCAGCAGAUAUUAAACCAGGAUCAGUGAAGAAGAACGCACCAGUCGUCAAAGAUAACGGGGAGGAGCAGCCCAGUGGGGGCGUGGCCUGGCCCGUGUUUCGCCUCUACAUGGCGGCGUAUGGUGGCUCCGCCUCUUGUCUGGUGAUCCUGGCUCUGUUCGUCCUCAAUGUGGGGAGCUCCGCCUUCUGCCAGUGGUGGCUCAGCUACUGGAUCAACCAGGGCAGCGGGAACACCACAGUAACUCGGAGCAACAGCUCGGCAGUGAGCAUCAGUAUUAAGGACAAUCCCAUGAUGCAACACUACGCCACUGUCUACGCCUCCUCCAUGGGAGUCAUGCUGCUCUUCAAACUCAUCAGAGGAAUUGCCUUCGUCAAGGGAACUCUGCGUGCCUCUUCUAAGCUGCACGACCUGCUCUUCCACAAGAUCCUCCGCUGCCCCAUGAAGUUCUUCGACACGACGCCCACAGCGCGAAUCCUCAACCGCUUCUCCAAGGACAUGGAUGAAGUCGACACUCGUCUGCCCUUCCAGGCUGAGAUGUUCAUCCAGAACGUGAUCCUGGUCUUCUUCUGCCUGGGCAUCAUCAGCUGUGUUUUCCCUUGGUUCCUGGUAGCGGUGGGUCCCCUGGUGUUGCUGUUCGCAGCGCUCCACAGCGUCUCCAGGGUCUUCAUCCGGGAGCUGAAGCGCCUGGACAACGUGACGAUGUCGCCCUUCAUGUCCCACAUCACCUCCAGCAUCCAGGGCCUGACCACCCUGCAGGCCUACGACAGGGGCCGCGACUUCCUCACCAGGUACCAGGUUCUGCUGGACCAGAACCAGGCUCCGUUCUACCUGUUCAGCUGUGCGAUGCGCUGGCUGGCGGUGCGUCUGGACGUCAUCAGCGUGGCUCUGAUCAGCAUCACCGCCCUGAUGAUGGUCCUGAUGCACGGGAAGAUAUCUCCAGCCUACGCCGGCCUCGCCAUCUCCUACGCUGUCCAGUUGACAGGGUUGUUCCAGUUCACAGUGCGUUUGGCCUCUGAGACUGAAGCUCGCUUCACUUCUGUGGAGAGAAUCCAUCACUAUAUCCAGUCCCUGUCCCAGGAGGCCCCGGCCAGGGUCAAAGGUUGUGCUCCUCCAGCUGAUUGGCCCCAGGAGGGGGAGCUGGUGCUCAGGGAGGUGGAGAUGAGGUACCAGGAGAACCUCCCUCUGGUUCUCAACAAGAUCUCCUGCACAAUCCGGCCCAAAGAGAAAAUCGGCAUUGUCGGCAGGACCGGAUCAGGGAAGUCGUCUCUGGGCGUGGUUUUGUUCAGGCUGGUGGAGCGCUGUGGAGGAUCCAUCCUGAUCGACGGCAUCGACAUCAGUGACAUCGGACUGGCCGACCUCCGCAGCAAGCUGUCCAUCAUCCCCCAGGACCCGGUCCUGUUCAGUGGGACAGUCCGGUCCAAUCUGGACCCCUUUAACCAGAACAGUGAGGAGCAGAUCUGGAAGGCUCUGCAGAGGAGUCACAUGAAGGAGUGUGUGUCCCAGCUGCCCCUGAAGUUGGACUCGGAGGUGGUGGAGAACGGAGAGAACUUCUCUGUGGGAGAGAGACAGCUGCUGUGUGUUGCCAGAGCUCUGCUGAGGCAGUGCAAGGUCCUGAUCCUGGACGAGGCGACAGCAGCCAUGGACGCAGAGACGGACGCUCUGAUUCAGGAGACCAUCAGGAGUUCGUUUCAGGACUGCACCACCCUGACCAUCGCCCACCGCCUGCACACCGUCCUCGCCUCAGACCGCAUCAUGGUGCUGAACCAGGGACAGGUGGCGGAGUUCGGCAAACCGUCCGAGCUGCUGGCCAAUGAGAACUCUCGGCUGUGCUCCAUGCUGGCCGCCGUGGAGAACAAGAUCUCAGUGCGAGGAUGAGGAGGAGAAGGAGAGGGAGGAUGAAAACGAGGAGGAGGAAGAGGAUGAAGAGAUCAGCUGCACUGACGGUGCUGUAACUGUAUAUUCUCUGUUAUUGAUCAUCGAUCAUCUGUUUGAUGUGAACGCCUGCUGAUGAGCUGGCAGCGUGUGAUUGGACGCCUGCAGCAGCUCGACUGAGUCCUUUGAGUUAUUGAUAAUCGAUCAUCAGACACAUAUUUAUAAUGUGAUCAGUAAACGUUAGAACGUUGUUCUCUCGUGGUUUGAUAACGACUCGCUGCCUUUUAUUGUAUUUCUGCCUUUAAUGAACGAGCACACGGGGAGAUUAAAUAUGGAGCCAAGGAUGCAGAGACACUGUUGUACCCACCAGGACCUGACCUCUGACCUCUGACCUCUUUAUUAACAGUAUAUUAAUGUAAACACUGCAAAUAACAGCACAAGAGUAUAAAAUACAAAACCACAAAUAAAACAUUUGAACUGUAAAAGGUGAAUAAACAGAUUGAAGUAAUCAAUAACAUCGACUGUAAUAUUGACUGGUUUCCAGCUGCUCUUGUUUUUGGUUAUUUUCUUUUAUUUGUUAUUUUUCAUAUUGGGUUAUGUAAGCUCUACAUGACCUCCGCCCUCUGACCUCUGACCUCCAAAGCCUCCUGGACUGGAAGACCAACGCUCUAAAACAAAAUAACAGAAUGUAAAUAAAAUCUCCUCAGAGGUAUUUGGUGAUAAUAUGAACGUCAGUGUGUCUGUUUGAUUGAUCCAACCUGAUCAAUCAAUAAUAUGUUUACCUGUAAACAGGUUGUUUACCUGUAAACAGCUGAUCCAGCACCAGUUCAUGUGCAUAAAGGAUGUAAAUAAAGUGAAAGCAAUACAAGAGUUAUUGAGGUGCACUGAUUGGCAGUAACUGAUUGAUUGAUUGAUUGAUUGAUUGAUUGAUUGAUUGAUUGAUUGAUUGAUUAGUGGAACCUCAGGUGAGUCCUGCAGGUAUGUAAAUCUUUCUUCUUCUUCUUUUUGUUUGUUUUUGUGAUGUUCAGACUGUUUCCUGUUUGUGUCGGUGGACGGACGGACUUCCUGUUUGUCCUCAGAGGAAGUUGUCAUCUUAAACCUUCAAAAUAAAAACCUGGUAGUUAAAGAGAAAGGUUUUCUUGUAAAGAGGAAGUGAAAGUGUCUCUGCUGUGUUUUUCUAACAGCCUUAAAGCAUGACGUCAUUACUGCCUUUCCAUUGUCAAUAAAGUUAUUUUAAGAUGAAAUGUGUUCGUUCCUGAUGUCACUGCUCGCUGUCCAAGUAUGUAUGUGU